UGUAUACGUGUGCGUGUCAGGCAGGUCCUCUCCUCUCCAGUGCUGCUGCUGUUACUGCUGCUGUUGUUGUUGCUGCUGUUGCUGCUGCUGCUGCUGUGAAGCCUUGCAGGAGGAGGAGGCGGUGGUCGUGUUAUUGAGCGACCCGGCGCUAGAAGUUGCGCUGCAGGGGAGGGACUUUCUCCCUGCAGUCGGUCGGUCAGUCGGGGAUCUGCGGCGCACUCAGAGAUGCCUCUGGCUGCAGCCGCCCAGACUCCAGCGAGCGGCAGAAACAGGCGGACACCCCUGAGGUGAAGACAGACCCUCCUUCUCCUCCUCUUUCUCCUCUUUCUUUUGCUCCCUCUCUCUCCCUCUCUCUCUCUCUGCGCGCCCCUUCCUCCCCCAGCUGGCGUCCCCUCAAUGUUUCUAGAUGCGCUGAAACGGCAGGAGUGUGAACGCCGCUUCCCUCCCCUCCUCCUCCUCCUCUGCCUCCUCCUCCACCUCAUCCUCCUCCUCCCCCUGGACAGAAAAACCCGACCGGCACCAGUGUCCUUGGAUGGAGAGAGGCGCCUGAAACAAGGGAGAGCAGUGGAGUUGGUCUACCCCCGUCCCCCUCCACCUCCUCCUCCUUCUCCUCCUCCUCCUUCCUCCCUACUGCACCAAAAGAAAACUCCGGGCUGGCUGCAGCACCAUGUCCUCGGCUCAAAGUGAGGAUAUCUCAGGCUACCAUCUGAGCGUGGUGCUUAACCCGCCAGCCUGGGAGGUGGGGAUCUACCUGGUGGGCUUCUUCGUGCUGUUGGCCGUGGCUGGACUCAACAUCUGGAAACUGUGGAAAUCUGGAACCUUCCCUGCGCCAUCCCCCUUUCCCAAUUUUGAUUAUCGGUAUCUACAAGAAAAAUAUGGAACCUCCUUCUCAGAAGUCAGACAAAAGAGGGUGGCAGCCAACAACCACCGGAGGACCUCCACCACCUCCAGCCGCAAGCCCAGCCUGGCCUUUGGUGACGCCACGGACGGCUUCAGGGACCUGGGCCACCUGGAGCUGAUGAGCAGGGAGCUGGACCCGACGGGAGUAGCUCAGCUCAACCGGUCCAUCUCUACCGACUCGCUCAGCUCCAUCUCCUCCAUCGCCAACAACUUCGGCCACGACUUCACGGUCGGCCAGCUGGAGGUGACCCUGGAGUUUGAGCCGUCCAGACAUCCGGGUCAGAGGGUGGGACUGCUCCACAUCACCCUGCACCAGGGAAAAGACCUGCUGGAGAGGGAAGAGGGGGACUUCCCCGGCUGCUUCAUCAGAGUCUCACUGGUGCCAGAGGAGCUUAAUGUGGGAGUCACAAGGGUCCAGACGAAUGCAUUCACCGUGAUCUUUGAUGAGCGCUUCUCCGUCCCCAUGGACCCGUCCAGCCUGGAGGAGUACAGCCUACGCUUUGCCGCUUUCGGCAUUGACACCGACGAGAGAAACAUCAGCGCAGGCGUUGCAGAGCUCAAGUUGUCAGACCUGGAUCUGACCAUCAGACCCUUCAACGCCUGGCUCUACCUUCAAGACGUCAACAAGGUUGUGAUCAGCGGGGAGAUCUUGUUGUCUCUCAGCUAUUUGCCGACAGCAGAGCGCCUCACUGUGGUUGUAGCCAAGUGCAAGAACCUGGUGUGGACCAACAGCAAGAACACUGCAGAUCCAUUUGUCAAAGUAUAUCUCCUGCAAGAUGGCAGGAAGAUCAGCAAGAAGAAGACCUCCACCAAAAGGGACGACACAAACCCCAUCUUCAAUGAAGCCAUGAUCUUCUCCGUACCAUCCAUUGUCCUGCAGGAGCUCUCCCUGAGGGUGACGGUGGCAGAGGCCACAGACGACGGCCGGGGCGAGAACCUGGGUCACGUGAUCAUCGGGCCCGAGGCCAGCGGGAUGGGGAUCACCCACUGGAACCAGAUGCUGGCCACUCUGAGGAAGCCAGUGUCCAUGUGGCACCCUCUGCGCAGGAUCUAGUCUACUCAGCACAUCCACAUACCUGACCAUGUUUCAAGUAAAACACUCACUUCGCCUUGUUCAGUACCAUUAUCAGAAUCGUUACAGCGUUUUAGCAAGAACGUUUGUGACCAACAGAAAGUCACAGACCAGAGUUAAGUCUUCAUCUUCAUCUUCAGCGUCUGAAAUGUCAAAAUUGAAGUGGGUGAUCUGUGAAUUAUUAUAUGCUCAAAUCCUAUAUUUGUUAGUCAACUUCAACUUGGUUCAAGUGCAUUAUGGAUGAGGGUGGUAUUUAUAGGGGAGUCUGAAAUUUCCCGCUGUGUGUAUCCCUCAUGCUUUCCUUGCUGCCUUGGCUUGAGACAGAAUGGGUCUGAAUCAUGAUUCUCCAUUCCAGCAACAGCAGAAAGGACGUAAACAUGUGGAUGGUUUUCCCAUCUCUAAAGUCUUUAUCAGAAACGUCAGUUUGAACUUUGAAGUGAGUUUUAAUUAAGGACAGGAGCCCAGCCUGGGUGACCUCAACCCCUCCCCCUGUUGCAUGGUGUCUACUGGUUGUAGCCUAUUAUAGUUGUCUAGGGAAUGACCGACUGGAUGGAGGGGUGGAGUCGCUUCUCUUUCAGGAAAACACUCACUUGUCUUUUCAAGCCAGUCAUUGUUUGCGCCUGCUUGAUUUAUUUUGUAGUGGUUUCAGAGCCGAGUCGAAUUAGCUCUAUUGGAUUUGCUGGUGUCGUUUGUCAUUAACAGUGAGACUGGCAGAAAAAAAUAAAUAAAUAAAGGUUUUGGUAGGAAAUUUAUUUGAUGUGCUUUUGGGGAAAAAAAAUCCAGGUACUCUUAUCCAGGUGAAAUAAUUGUAAUUUGUAGCAGUUGUUACAGGGUGGCCAAAUCAGAUGUAAUCAGCAUAUAGAUAUAAUGUUACGUUGUUCUAUUUUUACCAUGACUGAUGCAAUACGAGUUGCAUAUAAGCAUAUUUGAGAGUGUAAAUACAGCAGUUUUCUCAUUUCUUUCUCUAAAUUCUGAUUUCAAAUCCUGUUUUUCAUUGUAUGAUGAUUAUUAUUAUUAUGAACACUAAACUCCAUUCACACAAACGUAUUCAACACCAUUGCUGAUUAAUUAAUUGUUAUUAAACCACCUCUGGGACUUUAACUUGUGAUGUAAAGUGUACUAACACCAUUAAAUAGGUUUACAUGUUCUUUUGUAUUAGAGGAAACACCUUGAUGUUCUGGUUUAAAUUGUGGUUGCUCUCGACCAGAUAUUUGUCACACUCAUUUUAGCUUUUAUCACAAAGCUGACUGCACACUUCCUGUUAGCUCCGAGCUAACACUUUGCAGCUUGAAUGGCCGAAUGGUAAUACCGCUAAAAUGUUUUUGAAAAUGUACUCAGUGUGACAAGAGUCUUCAAGAAGACCAGAAUGUCAAGGUGGCGUUUUAUCUGUCUGAGAUUUCUCAACAACAUUGUGCAAUAGUGCUGUUUUGUUGUAACUUUUUGAAUGUGAAUUAUCAUGUGAAAUACCUGCUAAACCCUAAAAACACAAUGCAUUGUUGUGACUUUCGUUUCUCAAGCCAAAGCCACUUCACAUUGUUUGGUUCCAAAUGCAUAUCUCAUCUCACUUUGAAAAUCAGUUCAAAAAUAACACACCUGCGCUCACACUAUAACAAACAAUAUUUCCUACCGUGCCAAAUAAUGAAGCAAUAUUUUCAUUUACAAUCAGCAUCUGCAUUCAACAAAAGCUGUAGCCUACAUUCAACCAUGCAUGAAGUUAUUUAGCACUUGAUGUGAAUGUGCCUCAAGAAUACAGUGUAUUGUGUGAAUGCUGUUUGAAAUAAAAAGCAAUUCAACAGUAA